AUGAAGGUCACUGACACCACCACACGGGGAGCACACCGCAUUGUCACCCAAGUCGUCGUCACUGGCGCACGAGUCUUCGGCCGCGCCUUCGCUGAAGCCUACAAACAGGCCUCCGCGGCAUCUAAAUACCAGGGGAAAAAUGGCCAAAAGGGCUCUGGAGGUGCUUUCGCUACUUCGGGCCUGACUCUGGAUGAAGCGUGCAAGAUUCUCAACGUCAAGCCCCCUCAGAACGGCGAGGCAAACCUCGAACAGGUGAUGGAGCGAUUCAAGAAAUUGUUUGACCUCAACGACCCCCAAAAGGGCGGCAGUUUCUACCUGCAGAGCAAGAUUCUGCGCGCGCGCGAGAGGAUAGAGAUGGAGGUCCGAACAGCCGAGCGAGACGCCGCCCAGGAAAAGGAGCUAAAGGAUGGUUGGAAACCCAAGGUGUACAAGGACCGGUGA